AUGGAUAUCUAUAACUUUCGUUUUGAGAAUUACUAACCUAAGCAAUCAUUUUACAUAAUCAAUAAAAUGCUUAAAUUUCUAAUAGCCAUUCAAUUUGUGUUGAUAUUUUUUAGAAUUUUUGUAAGAAAUUAAGAAGCCUUUUUUUUAUCUGAUUGUUUAAAUGUAUCUAUGAUGAUGCUUACUUAUUGUCAAAAAGUAUGAAACUAGACUAAAAUAUUAGAAUUAUUGUUUGGCUUUGUUUACAAUGUUUUAUAUAUUCUCAUUGAUAUAUUUGAAUACAAUCUUCUUUUUGUAGUUUCUUGAAUAUAAACUACCCUUAUUUAUUGAUGUUAAUAAGAAAUUCACAUUACUAUUGGUAUAUUUUCAUAUCAAAAUUUAGAUUUUCUCUACUUUAAUCUAUGUAUUUGAAUCUAUAAUGUUGUAUCAAGUAUAUAAAGAAUAUAAAGGAAUAAUUUAUGAUAUCAAUUAAGCCUAUUUAGUUUAGUAAGAGUAACAAAAUCUAGAAAUUGAGAUUAUAUCUUAUUCAUAAGAAUAAUCAGCCUCACAAUUUGUAAACAACUAAUAAUUGUAAGCAGAAUAACAUAUUGAAAAUUAAUCUAUCUAUGAACCAAAUAGAGCAAAUGAAUUAAUAUAAGCAAGAAUAAAUAACUAAAGAUAAGAAAUUUAAGAAUAAUAAUGA